AUGGACAUGAUCUCCAAGCAGAAGCCCGUUGACUUGAUUUUCAUCGACACUUUGCACCAUUUCCCGCAAACCUAUGACCUUGUGGACAAGAUCAAGGCCAAAUACAACCCCAAAUUGCAUGUGUACAAACCAAAGGACACCGAAACAGAAGCGGAAUUCACGAAAAAGCAUGGCGACUCGUUAUGGGAAAAAAACGACGAGCUCUACGAUUUCCUUGUUAAGGUCGAACCUGCGCAGCGGGCCUAUAAAGAGCUUGGCGUGAAGGCUGUUCUUACGGGCCGCAGAAAAAGCCAGGGCGGAGCCCGGGCCGCUUUGCCUGUGGUGGAGGUCGAACAGUCCAGUGGCAUCAUCAAAAUCAACCCAUUGUGGGAUUGGGACUUUGCCCAGGUUAAGCAGUACAUUACCGAGCACAAUGUGCCUUAUAAUGAGUUGUUGGAUUUGGGUUACAAGUCUGUUGGCGAUUGGCACUCGACGGUUCCUGUUGCGGAAGGCGAAGACGAGAGAGCAGGAAGAUGGAAGGGCCAGGCAAAAACAGAGUGUGGAAUUCACGAAACAUCCAAGUUUGCGCAGUAUUUGGCCAGCCUGGGCGCCUAG